AUGCUUCCAGCCAAAUUAUUAGCUUUAGCUGCUGCUGUUUUAGCUUCAGAAACUAUUCGUUUACAAAAUUGGAAUUUAAGAUAUGAUUCCAAAAAAGAUGGUAUUUCAGUUGAUAACACUAUUAAAGGUUUAACAUGGAGUAUUCCAAAUGAUGCUCAAGUUAACUAUUAUUCAAACUCUGGUGAAGAAUCAUGGUCAAAAAGAAGAAUUGGUAUUGCAAAUGAUGUUAUUUUCAACAAAGCUGAUAUUUUCAAUGUUAAUGAAGGUUUGAAAAAUCAAGUUGAUGAUUUACAAUAUCUUUUAACUCAAAUCAGUGGAGAUGAAUGGAAAUAUGUUGGUAAAGGUAGAGAUGAUGGUAAGGAAAAAGGUGAAUAUGAAGCUAUUUUCUACAACACAAAUAAAUUCAAAGUUAAUGAUUAUGAUACCAUUUGGUUAUCAAACUCUCCAUUUCAACCAUCACAAUACCCAGGUGCUGGUUCUUAUCGUACUGCAACUGUUGCACAUAUGGAAAGUACUCAAGGUAAUAAAUUCACUUUGAUCAAUACCCAUUUAGAUGAUAAAUCAGAUGAUCAAAGAAAAUUAGGUGCUUCAAUGUUGAAAUACAUCGGUGCUUAUGAAUAUGUUAAUUCAGAUGGUCCAGUUUUCUUAACUGGUGAUUUCAACUCAGAAUCAGAAGGUGAUACCUCAGGUGCUUAUAAAAUUGCUACAGGUGGUCAAAAGCCAGUUGAUGUUGACUCAUCAUUUUAUAAUAAAUAUAAAACUGAUAUUUCACAAUCAUUCACUUUUGGUGAUUUAUUCUCACAAACUGAUCCAUUACAUAGAUCAGGUCAUUUUGCUACUAUGGAUUCCUUCAAACCAUGGGGUGAUAAAUCAGCUUUAGGUGGUAGAAUUGAUUUCCAAUUUGCUGGUACUCCAAAUAGUAAUGCUAAGAAUGUUCCAAACAAAUUCCAUAAAGCUAGAUCUCAUAGAGUUGCUGAAACUUGGUAUGAUAAUGAAUUCCAUUUAAGUGAUCAUAGACCAGUUAUUUCUGAUAUUCAAAUUGCUCAAUAA